AAUUCAGGUUCAGUCAACCAUGGCACUCUUGACGCGAUUCUUCUUUUGGUUUUCUGUCCGUUUGGGUUCCAUCAUCGUAGCAAUUAUAUCACUGGUGCAAGCUUCCAUUUGGUUAAUGAUAACUAUAAUCAGUUUGGAUAAUAAAGAAGAUCUAGUGGAUUUUCUUAGAAAAACCAUUUUAGUAACAGAGGGGCCCAUAAACAAAUUUAUUAACGAUCCGAAAGUGGGUCUGAUAAUAUUUGCUAUUUUCUUCACAUUGUUGAUAAUUUCCUGCCUACUUACAAUUUUGGGAGCAUUGAAGUGCAAUCAUCUAUUGGUUUAUCCGUUCCUAACUUUAUUUUUUAUCUACAUAUUAUUUAUGCUACUAAUUCAUGUUUUUCUGAUGCUGGACUUGAAACACAAUAACAACGGUUUGGGCUCGCUGAUUCUUUACAGUAAUCUGGGAGCAAUCGUGUUACUUAUUCUGUUAUAUCAUUGGCUCACUGUGCUGAGUUUCGGCCAAAUUGUUAAGGAGCUUCAGAAAGAGAUCGACGAGCGGAUCGAAAUGCGAGAAGAAUUCAAGAAGCGUUUUAUUGGCCACUUUGAAGAUUUCUAAAUUAAUGGAGUAUGAAUGCAUCCUAUUUAUUAUAGUUACAU